GGAGAUGAAUGUGGGUUGAUCUUUCUCUGCGUCUCGCUCGGUCCCCUUUUUAGUUUUCGUCGCUGCGGGUCCGGGAAGCGUGGCUGUUCGACUGUUAGCAGCUCAAGGAGGCCGUGAAACUGUGUGUUUUGGCUCUAUCCAUGGCUUUUUCCCGUCCUUUCGUGUGGGCAAUGUCGGUUUGACGACGUCGAUUCAACUAGAACUGAAAUGCUGUGUGCUGCAAUUUUCGGCGGUGAGUUUUGCGUGCGCGUAGUUGCCUGAGGUUGGUGCACCAGUGCGUUGCGGAGGGCUUUUACGAAACGUAGUUGGGAAGAAUCGAUUCGUGAUCGAUCUGCUUCGUGGAUGCAGAUGCCUAUCUGGGUGGGUGCUUCGAAAUGACGAGAGGGCAGAGGAGAAAGUUGCGUUUGAGCAAGCUCUACUCGUUCUCGUGCAUUCGUCUCCAUGGUGAAGAAAGACACGCCCAAAUUGGUCAGAGAGGAUACUCGAGGAUAGUGUACUGCAAUGACCCCGAUAAUCCGGCGGCAGCCCGGUUGAAUUACAAGGGUAACCAUGUGUCCACGACAAAGUACACCGUAGCAAAUUUUGUCCCCAAGUCUCUGUUUGAGCAGUUCAGGAGAGUUGCCAACAUAUAUUUUUUGAUCGUCGCUUGUGUUUCCUUCAGUCCGUUGGCCCCCUUUACAGCACUUAGUUUUGUUGUGCCUCUGGUGCUCGUGAUUGGAGUUACCAUAGCCAAGGAAGCUGUGGAAGAUUGUCAACGAAGAGAGCAGGAUAUAGAAGCAAACAACAGGAAAGUUGAAGUUUAUAGUGGGAACGGUACAUUCCAUAGGACCAGAUGGAAGAAUCUCCGAGUUGGCAAUGUUGUCAAGGUGUAUAAGGACGAGUACUUCCCUGCUGAUCUGCUGUUGCUUUCAUCAAGCUAUGAAGAUGGAAUUUGUUAUGUGGAUACCAUGAACCUAGAUGGAGAAACUAACUUGAAGUUGAGGCAAUCUCUUGAUGUAACAUCGUCACUUCGCAAUGAGAGAUGUCUCCAAGUAUUUACAGCUGUAAUCAAAUGUGAAGAUCCAAAUGACAAUCUUUAUUCAUUCGUGGGGAAUUUACACUACAACGGUAAAGAAUAUCCUCUUUCUCCACAACAAAUUCUGCUACGAGAUUCCAAGCUUAAGAACACUGAUUACAUCUAUGGGGUGGUCAUCUUCACUGGCCAUGAUGCAAAAGUGAUGCAGAAUGCCACACAUCCUCGUUCCAAAAGGAGUAAAAUUGAGAAGAGAAUGGAUAAGAUAAUCUAUAUCCUCUUCAGCUCUCUAAUUUUUAUAUCUUUUGUUGGAUCUUUCUUUUUCGGAAUUGAAACUAGAAGAGAUCUUGUAGAUAAAAAGUACAGAAGGUGGUAUCUUCGCCUAGAUGAUACUACUGUGUUCUAUGAUCCAACAAGAGCAUCUCUUUCUGCAUUUUUCCAUUUUCUGACUGCCCUCAUGUUGUAUGGUUAUCUGAUUCCCAUAUCCCUGUAUGUAUCUAUUGAGAUUGUGAAGGUUCUUCAGAGUGUCUUCAUUAAUCAAGAUCGUCAUAUGUACUACGAGGCUACAGAUAAAACAGCACGAGCACGGACAUCUAAUUUGAAUGAGGAACUUGGUCAGGUCCAUAUGAUACUUUCCGACAAGACAGGGACUUUGACGUGUAACUCCAUGGAGUUUGUUAAAUGCUCAAUAGCUGGUAUAGCAUAUGGACAAGGUGAGACAGAAGUGGAGAGGGCACUGGCAAGAAAGGAUUGGUCUUCUGAAGCCAAUGAAAUUUCUAUUGAGAGAAUUGAUAGUCAUGGUAAUGCCGUUCACUCUGGAAAGCCUAUAGGACACUCAGUCAAGGGUUUUAACUUCAGAGAUGAACGCAUCAUGAAUGGAACGUGGGUAAAUGAGUCUUAUCCAGACUUGAUACGGAAAUUUUUUGAGGUGCUCGCAAUCUGUCACACUGUCAUUCCAGAUGUGAUCAGAGAGACGGGAGAUAUAUAUUAUGAAGCCGAGUCACAAGAUGAGGCAGCUUUUGUUAUAGCUGCUAGAGAGCUUGGGUUUGAAUUCUUUAAAAGGGUACAAACAAGCAUAUCAUUGCGUGAAUUAGAUUAUGAGAGAGGUGAGAAGAUUGAAAGAAACUACGAGCUUCUUCAUGUUUUGGAAUUCAGUAGUUCUCGCAAGAGAAUGUCAGUGAUUGUAAGGAGUAAGGCAGAUCUGCUGCUUUUGUGCAAGGGUGCAGAUAGUGCUAUGUUUGAAAGGCUUUCAAAAGACGGGCGCCUUUUUGAGCAUGCGACAAGGGAUCACAUCACCAAAUAUUCUCAAGCAGGUCUUCGGAUCAUGGUCAUUGCAUACCGAAAGAUUGAAGAAGAAGAAUAUGAACUAUGGGAAGAUGAAUUCCUAAAGGCGAAAGCUUCACUUUCUGCCGACAGAGAUGCCUUGUUAGAUACAGCUGCUGACAAGAUUGAGAGGGAAUUAAUCCUUCUUGGAGCUACAGCUGUUGAGGACAAGCUUCAAGAGGGAGUGCCCAAAUGUAUUGAAAAACUUGCCCAGGCUCAGAUUAGGUUAUGGGUGCUGACGGGUGACAAGUUGGAAACGGCAGUAAAUAUUGGGUAUGCUUGUAGAUUACUGAGACAAGGAAUGAGAGAAAUUGUUAUAACUCUUGAUUCACCUGAUAUUGAAGUGUUGGAGAAACAAGGAGACAAGGAAGCCCUUGCAAAGGCAUCUCUGGAGAGUAUAUCAAAGCAAAUCAGAAGAGGAAAAUCUCAACUUACUUCUGCAAAAGAAAAUGCUAUGGAGUUUGGGUUGAUAAUUGAUGGAAAGUCCUUGAACUUUGCUCUUACCAAGAAUUUGGAGGACAUGUUUCUGGAUCUUGCAAUCAAUUGUGCUUCUGUUAUAUGUUGCCGGUCCUCACCCAAGCAGAAAGCGCUUGUUACUAGAUUGGUAAAAUUGAAACUUGGUAAAACAACGUUAUCAGUUGGUGAUGGUGCAAAUGAUGUUAGUAUGCUUCAAGAGGCUGACAUCGGAGUUGGCAUUAGCGGUGUGGAAGGGAUGCAGGCUGUAAUGGCAAGUGAUUUUGCAAUAGCCCAAUUCCGCUUUCUGGAACGUCUCUUACUGGUGCAUGGCCAUUGGUGUUACAGGAGAAUCGCAAUGAUGAUUUGCUACUUCUUCUACAAGAACAUUGCAUUUGGACUUACCCUGUUCUGGUUCGAGGCCUAUGCUUCAUUCUCUGGUCAGCCUGCUUACAAUGAUUGGGAUAUGUCAUUCUACAAUGUAUUCUUUACAUCACUUCCUGUCAUAGCUCUUGGGGUUUUCGAUCAGGAUGUUUCUGCAUGCCUUUGCCUUGAGUAUCCUUUGUUAUAUCAAGAAGGAAAACAGAAUAUCCUCUUCAGUUGGUCCCGUAUACUUGGCUGGAUGGCCAACGGAGUAGGCAGUUCUAUUAUAAUCUUCUUCUGCACCACCAAUGUGAUGGUUGAACAGGCGUUCAGGAGAGACGGCAGAGUAGCUGAUUUUCAGGUCCUCGGAGUCACCAUGUAUACCUGUGUUGUAUGGGCUGUCAACUGUCAAAUGGCUUUAUCCAUUAACUACUUCACUUGGAUCCAGCAUUUCUUCAUUUGGAGCAGCGUUGCCUUCUGGUACAUAUUCCUGUUGAUUUAUGGUUACAUUUCACCAACAAUUUCGACAACUGCUUACAUGGUUUUUCUCGAGGCCACUUCUCCAAGUCUUCUCUAUUGGCUCUCCACUCUUCUGGUGGUUGUUUCUACUCUGCUGCCUUACUUCUCGUACAGAGCUUUCCAAACACGACUUCAACCCAUGCCCCAUGACCUCAUACAAAGAAAACAACGAGAAUGUGCGGAGACUAAGACAUCUGGCGAGUCGUCUAUCGGGACCAAGGACAAACUGAAGCAUCUAAAGGAAGAUACGGAGCAUAGUGAGUCCUGACAAUGAGUAAUUUCAAUUGUACUUGGUACAGAAUUGGUUGUUUGCAUAGGCAUGCGGCAAAAAUGCUGUAUUUAAUUCCAAGAAAGUAUAGCAGUCAAGUAGAAAGGACCUGAAAAUGAGCUUGUUCCUAGGCCAGAUCAGUUUCAAGAUUUGCCAUAUAAGGCCCAUACUGUCAUGUAUAGAAAGAACACCUGUAUGAAACUCGAUCUCAACCGACAAAGACUCCCGGAUGCUACUACUAUUUUUGGGCAUCUGGUGUUAGUUUCACUGGUUGUGAAUGUAUGUUAAGAACAUUCAGUA